AUGCGGAGCCUGCCGGUUCCGGUCGCCCUGGCAGUAUGUACCUUCCUCAGGUACGUGGCCAGUGGCGACCUCCAACUAACUGUGGGAGACAGCACUGGCCUGUCGCAGGCAACGUUGGAGCUAAAUUCCCUGGAUGUUAAGGAUAUAUCGGACGUGGUGUUUUUUAACAGUUUUCCAAGUACUUUGGGGUGCAUGGAUUGUACACAUGUGCAUAUCAAGAAGCCGGUAGACCAUGUGGAAGACUGCAUAGGGCGAAAGGGUGUUCCCACUAUCAACGUUCAGGCUGUGUGUGAUGCAAGCUACCGAAUAAAGAAUUUCAGUGCCAGUUGGCCAGGGAGGACACAUGAUGCCAGGUUUUGGCGAAAUUGUGAACUGAAACGGCGGUUUGAGAAUGACUACUAUAGAGCUGUUAUAGAGCCACCAUAG